CUCUUCCUCGCAGCAACCCCAAACAAGGAUGCUGGAAUGGACGCCGGGGGUGGCUUCGAGCCCGGUGCCAGCCCGUGUCAUGGCCUCGAGCCCGUGUCAGCCCGUGACGACUCGGAGCCAGGCCAUGAUCAAUGGGAGACCGAGGCACGCUACGCUCGCGUGGAGCCAUACGAUCAUGGCUAUGGUCUGGACCUCCCCCCCCACCGUGCUCUCCGCGUCCGCGCUCUUGCGCGCGCUGUCCCGCGCGCCUGGCGUCACCUCCCUCUCGCUGGGCAAGCGCGCGGUCGAUUUCUACAACGAUCAGUUCCUGCCUUCCCUGCGUUCCGCCUGCCCUAAGCUGACCUGCUUGAGCAUCAGCGAGCCGCGUUUCACCGGCGCACCGCCAUUCAAAAUCGGCCUCGAAUCGCUUGAGGGAUUCUUCCACGGCUCUGGGUGGCGGUUACAGGAGCUUUCGCUGUCGCAUUGCCUCGAGCUGACCGAGCUUCCUGCUGCCAUUUCGUCGCUGACGUCACUGCGCGUGCUUCUGCUGCACUCCAACGUUCUCAAUCAGCUGCCCGACGGAAUAUCCCAUCUGCCCGCGCUCCAGGAGCUGCAUCUCAACUGCCCCGCACUGCGGGAGCUGCCCGAGACCUUUGGGCAGCUGAAAUCUUUGGCGCACAUCUCCUUUUCGGAGUUCAGGGAUCUACGUCGCCUCCCGGAGUCUUUUGGCGAUCUCUCAUCGCUCAUCUCGCUCAAGAUCGACGGCUCCUGGCAUCUGAAGUUUCCAGAUAGCAUUGGCGCACUGCAGCGGCUGCAGCAGAUGCGGCGGCUGGAGCUGCGGUGCUACGAGGGCGAGUUUCCAGAAGCGUGCGAAAUUACACUGGAGCAAUGCCGCUUCUUGCGUAAUCUCCCGCCCACGUGGUUUGAAACCCUCACCCGCCUCACCAUACACCACUGCGCGAACCUAGAGCCGCUAUCAGUGGACUAUAUAGGCCAUGCUUUGGCUUUGCGCCACUUGACUAUUCAUGGGGCGCAUGGCGGCGUGGCGCUUGAGCCGCUGAGCCGGCUGACGUCCCUCGAGCGGCUCGAGGUUUCGGAUGGGAACAGCUACUUUCCUCUGGGGCGAUGUGAGGAUGUGGACUUCCCUGUGGGGUUGUUUUCCCUGCCGUCGCUUGCUUAUGUGAAACUGGGCAGGGUGAUAUGGCUGGAAAGAGGCCAACAGGAAGGACAAGAGGGCGAUGUGCGUUGGGGAUCGCAGCUGUGCUAUCCAUCUCUGGCUCUUGCUUCUCAAACCGCCGCCGCUGCCGCUGCCACUGCUGCUGCCGCCACUGCUCCUGCCGCCCCUCCUGCUGCUGCUGCUCUUGCUGGUGCUGCUGCUGCUGUUGCUGAUGCCGCUGCUGCUGCUGCUGCUGCCGCCGCCACCGCGGCUGCUGCUGCUAUCACUUAUGUCGCGGCGUGCUCGUCCCUGGGCCCCUCGUUGCAGCACCUGGAGUUUGGCACAGGCCACCAUAGCUCGAAGGACAAUUACCUUUCCGCCCGCCUCUUCUCCCUCCGCUCCCUCACACACCUCUCCAUUAGCAAACUUCAACCUUGCGCUCUCCGGCUUUGCGCCUUUGGCCUCCUCACCAACCUUCGCUCUCUCUCCCUCUCCGGCUCCUUUCUCCCCCUCCCGGACUCCCUCUCUCUCCUUGCCCCAUCGCUCCACUCACUAUCAUUGGAACACAAUGAGUGCAUCAGCAGCAGCAUCAUCCCCAGCAGCGACCCCAGCAGCGGCGGUGCAGAUAGAAAUCGCCUCGCGGUUCCCUCAUUCAUCGCCCACCUCACCUCCCUCACUGCCCUCCGCCUUACCAACAUUGACUUCCCCUCUCCCCCGCCCGACCCCGCCAUCCUAGCCUCCCUCCGCACGCUACGCAUCAGAAAGUACACUUACAUUUUAGAGAGCGAGGUCUCCCGUCCGCAAAACCAGGUUCACCGUCCGGAGAGCAUUGGCCGUCUGGCAGCAUUGGAGUGGCUAGAACUGAAUUGCAGUUGCUCCAAUGGGGCCCUUCCUGAUUCCCUGGGCGGGCUGGGCUCCCUAAAUAAACUUCAUCUCCAGUGUGGCAACUUGGAGUGGCUGCCUGAGGGGAUUCAUCAGCUGAUUUGUCUAGAAGAGCUCGAGCUUCGGGGGUGUCAUAAGAUGGAGCAUUUACAGCCAGAGUUUGGCUUUUUUGGGGCACUAAAGAAGCUGACUAUAGAGGCGUUUUCCUCUCUUCCAGAUACUCUUGGCGGCUUGUCAUUGCUGGAAGUUGCAACGUUGGCUCGUGGGACCCUCACCAGUCUGCCUCCGUCCUUCUGCCUCCUCUCUCGCCUCCACACACUCACCAUUGCACACUGCGACUAUAUGAUUACCCUACCUACUGCUUUUGGUGCUCUAUGCUCCCUCGAACGCCUCUCCUUCAUUUCAUGCCGUGACAUUCAGAGUCUCCCUGACUCCUCUCUCUCCUCCCUCAUCCACCUCGCCAUCACAGAAUGUUAUGAUUUUUCCACCCUUCCUGAAACCUUUGGCUCUCUGCCUCGAGUAGCCCGGCUAACAAUCGCCGGGUGCCACUCCUUCACCCACCUGCCCGCCUCCUUCUCCUCCCUGCCUUCCCUCCGUGUGGCCUGCUUCAAUCGCUGCAAGCACCUGCGCUCCCUCCCCCCUGACAUGGGCCUGCUGCCUCGCCUGGAAGUGCUGCAGCUGCGGGGAUGUGUGGCCCUCGAGACUCUGCCAGAUUCUCUUAGACAGGCCGGGGCGCUCAGGCAUGUGGAUGUGCAUGGGAGUGGGGUGGUGGAGGGUGGGGAGGUUGACUUGUGGGAUGGAGCACGAGUCUAUGUUGUAGGGGGGAAGAGGGAGCGGGGUUUGGGAGACAUGUCUAACAGCAGCAGCAGCAGCUUUUGAUGUGAUUGUGCUUCCCUGCUCUGAACCUCGUUUGGGACACUAGCGCCUAAGCUGGUGCUGCCGCUUUUCUUAUUUGGGUGCGGGCGCCCCCGGGGAGAUCAGAGCUGCGCCCAUCGGAGCACAUCUUUCUUCCCUGGGGCGCACUGCUCAUCCGCUACUCCAUGAACUCCUUGGUAGGCAGCAACAGCAGAGGGGGCAUGCUCUCCUUGCUCAAGUGCUCAGAGCAGCAGCGCCAUAGGAAGAGCAACAGCCUCGAGCAUUCAGACCCAUUGGGCUUUGAUGUCCAGAGGGCCUCUCCCCUCAAGCUCUACCCUUCCGGCACUUAAAUCAGUUCCGAUUCAAUCACAUCCCGUCACAGUAUUAUUUGACUUACUGCAGCGGGUUGCUUUUUGGGCAUAUCAAUUCAUCUGCUCUUACGAUCAUGUUGGGUUUAUGUCAACUCAUACAUAUGCAUAGCAUGUAUAGUUAUAGGCUAAAUGGGUUCAUGUUCUUAGAGAGUACUGUACAACACCCAACCUUGAUAUCUCACUGUAU